AUGAAUCAAAAUAAGCUUGAUGGGCACGACAACAAAGAGAAAAUGCCACUUGGCAAAAUGUGUCAGACGGCAAAUGCUUGCACAGAAGAAUGGCAAUUGAUUGCAAUGUCUUAUUGUUCGCUUAAAGAUCUUAACCAAUCACGUGAUGAUUGGAUAAUCAUUGCUAGAGUAAUAAGAUGUUGGGAAUGUAUUAAUUUUAAAAUGAAUAACGAUGUGUUUAGCAUUGACAUGGUUUUGAUGGAUGAACAGAGCAAUGUGAUGCAUGGAACUAUACCAAAAAAUAGGGUUCCUAAGUUUAGAAGCCAAAUUCAUGAAGGUUGUAUAUAUCUCAUCAGAAAUGUGAGAGUUAUAGAAUGUGAUACUUCUUACAAACCUGUGGAAGGCACAUAUCGUAUACAAUUUCUAAUGACCAAAUCUUUGAAGGAGAUCAAAGAACCAAGAGUAGCCAUUCCAAAGUUUUAUUUUAAAUUUUAUGUUAUUCAUGAUCUUGAUAAUAGAUCACAUGAUACUACUUUGUUGUCAGAUGUAAUUGGUAUUCUGAAUGGAAUAGGAGAAAUUCAAGAAAUCAUAUCAACAAAGACUCAUAAAAGAUACAUUAGACUAGAAACAAUUACCAUAUCUUUGUGGGGGAAAAUCUGUGAUGAAAUCAAUGAAGUUUUAAAAAUGGAAAAUGGCAAGGCUAUUGUUAUAAUUGUUACAUCAACAAAUGUGAAGGAGUUUCAAGGUGAUUAUUUAUGA